CUGCAUUUGUUACAUAUUGUUUGCUCCGGGGCCUGGGCUAACCCUGCACGCGAAAGGUCUCAAACUCGACUGCCCAGUUCCAGGACCACUCCCCCUCCAGCAACUUCAGGCCUGGCUGCUAACAGUGACCAUAGGAAGUCACCGUCCCUCAUUGCUCCCCUUUCACCCUGCUCAUGACUCCUCAGCUCUGUCUCUUAAGGGCAUGAUCUGUGUGACAGCUGACCAAUACAGGAGGAGCUGGCAGCGAGCCGCGGGCCACCCGAGCCUCCGCCAGAUUUCCUGACCAAACGCGGGAGGAGAGAUGCCCUGGAUUGUCCUGCUGCUUGCAGCUGGCUCCUUGGCUAUCCCGGCGCCAUCCAUCAUGCUGGUGCCCCCACACCCCAGCAGUCAAGAGGACCCCAUCCACAUCUUGUGCAUGGCCCCCAGGGGUUUCCCAGGGGCAAAUUUCACGCUGUACCAAGGUGGGGAGGUGGUGGAGCUCCUGAAAGCCCCCAAGGACCAGCUCAGGGUCAUCUUCAACCUGAGCGGUGGCAGCAGGGAAGCUCGAGGGGGACCGUUCUGCUGCCAGUAUAGUGUGCUUGGCGAGAACAGGCAACCCCAGCUGUCGAACCUCAGCGAGCCUGUGCAUGUCUCCUUCCCAGUGCCCACCUGGAUCCUGGCACUGUCCUUGAGCCUGGCUGGAGCUGCUCUCCUCCUCGCUGGACUGGUGACCAUUGCCCUGAUCAUCAGGAAAGAGAGCGAGAAUCCUGCUGGGUUAACAUCGCCACCACAGACAUGUCCUUCGACAACUCCCUGUUUACCAUCAUGACAAAGAAAAUGACUUCAGAAGAAGAUGCAGCCAACCUGGAUGCUCCCUCAGGCUCCACUGAGACACCUGGACCCCGGAAGAGGCCCACCUCCACAUCAUCCUCACCUGAGCCCCCUGAAUUCAGCACAUUCCGGGCCUGUUAGGGGAGCCCUUCUCUCUGUCUGCGUGCCCUCUGUUCAGCCCUCCCCCUGGAGCUGGCCAGGCUGUGUAGGGCCUCCAGCUACUUUGGGGACUUCUGGCUGCUGCUUUCUCAGGGAAAUGAACAGAAGAGACAAAGGAGAUUCCUGCCCUUGGGACCUUCCUCGCAGAGCAGCAGAGUGGGAGAGAGGGUGAAAGCAUCGACCUGGAGGCUGGACGGAAAGCAGGAAGCAUCUCAGGAUUUCCAGCUUCUCAACCCACCAGGGGAGGAGAUACUAGGAUCCCUUUUGGCCUUUAGCUGGGCUGUUAUGAAUCUGAGCCUCGCACACCCCUCUGGUUUCCUCCUUCCCAUCGCACCUGACUUGGCCAACCUGACUGGGUUUUGGGAGCAUAGGGUACCCUGGGUGGGGUAUAUUCUGUGUGCCCUGCUGGCAUGCCUAAGUUAUUAAUUAUAAUGUUUUGAGCUGUUCCCAAGGUCUCUAUGGAGUGUAGUCCUUCAAGCCCAGGACCUCUGCUGUCUAAUCACUGAUUGCUGGGGGAUGGGGAGAAGUACCCCUUAAGUGCAUGCAGUCGGGGUGGUGUCUGGGGAGGACCAUGGGGGUGUCGGGAGAGGCGGUCUACAUGAAGCAAGGGGCCUCAAGCUCCUUUGGAAACCCUGAAAGAGAAUGGGGCUCUGGAGUAGUGGAUUCACUGGCCAGUCAUCACUGGGGGAAGGAAGAGUGAAUGAGGGGGCCAGGGGAUAAUGGGGCGUCCAACAAUUUUUUGUGGGUAGAAGACAGCGAAGGACCAAGAAUGGAGGAAGAGGGCACUGGGGGAAGGGGAAAAGAGAAGGAGCCGUUGAGUUCCGGAGAGGGUUUAAAGAUGGGGUUCAGAGGCCAAGUCCUGGCUCGAACUGCUCUUCAUGCGGGCCUGCUGGGGGUGGGGCCACAGGCUGGGGCGUGGUCCUACGUUCUGUCCCCACUCCAGCCCUUCUCAAGAAACCAGAGCCUCACAAAGCAAGGCCCGGUGUCGGGGGAGCUGGACCGGUAUA